AUGGGGCGCUGGAUAUGUUGCCUUUGUUCCAGAGUUGCAGACCUGUUGAUGCUGCUCCUGGUUUUGGCUCUGAGCUGUAAACCUUCCACAGCAGCAACAGCUUCUCCAUCUGUGCCUCACAUCAAACCCAGCUACAGUUUUGGCCGGACUUUCCUGGGACUUGAUAAAUGCAACGCCUGCAUUGGGACAUCCAUGUGCAAGAAGUUCUUUAAAGAAGAAAUAAGGUUUGACACCUGGCUUUCUUCUCGUUUAAAGCUGCCCCCCAGCUACCUGCUCAGCUACUCGGGCAACUACACCGACGAUGCCAAGAGCUGGCGGCUGGUUGACAUCACCCGACUGACCUCCAAGUACCAGCACGACCGAGCCGACAAACGCAUCUGCACAGCCCUGCUGAAGACGAGGACCUGCAGCCUGGAGCGCGCCCUGCGCCGCACGCGUCGCUUCCAGAAGUGGCUGCGGGCCAAGCGCCUCACGCCAGACCUGGUCCAGGGCCUGUCUAGCCCAAUGCUGCGCUGCCCAUCCCAGCGGCUCCUGGACAGGAUCGUGCGGCGCUAUGCUGAGGUGCCGGACGCUGGCAGCAUCUACAUGGACCACCUCACCGACCGGGACAAACUGCGCCUGCUCUACACCCUGUCAGUGAAUUCACACCCCAUCUUGUUACAGAUCUUCCCCGACGUGGAGGGAUGGCCCUUCCCGCGGUACCUGGGCUCCUGCGGGCGGUUGGUGGUCAGUGCCAGCACCCAACCCCUGCGUGACUUCUUCAGCGCGGCCCCCGAGGUGGCCGCAGACCUGGCCCUCCAGCUCCUCGCUGUCCUCCGCUCCAUGGGCACCAACGACCUCAACUAUUUCUUCUACUUCACCCACGUGAACGCUGGCACCUUCGGCGUGUUUAGCAACGGGCAUCUGUUCAUCCGGGAUGCCAGCACGCUGGGCAUCAUAGACAAGGAGGAAGGGCCUCAGCUGAUCGAUGGCCAGCAGGAGUACAAAGACAUAUUCAGCUGUUUGACUGUGGACUGCCAAUCUGCAUUUGUGUCCUGUAACUCCAUCAGAGAGAAGCACAGCCUCAUCAUGGUGUGUCAAGAGCUUUUGCCCAAGCUCCUGAAGGGGAAAUUCCUGCAACCUGUGCAGGAGAAGAUAGACAGCUUCCUGCAGCACUGUGCCAGUGGCCUCACUGAUGACCAGGGUGUCAACGAGGCCAUAGCAAAGCUGGCAGAGAUCCUGAAACCUCUGCAGUCUUGCGAUUCCCGUUUCGCCUACCGCUACCCUGACUGCAAAUACAGCGACAAGUACUGA